GUGUGUGUGUGUGAGAGAGUGAGAGAGUGAGAGAAGAGCAAGUCUCAUCCAUGUGAGGUCAUUCACUAAAGAAGCGGUGUGAUUUGUGAUGGCAGGAGACAUUGAUCAGACUUCAAAUGCGUUUUCAUUUCCUGCACUUGACCAGCAUUGUGAGCUGAACUCGGGCGGCUUGUUUAACCAGUUAACUGAAGAAGUUUCACACUUGCCGCUCAGUGGGAAGUGAACAUUUUGAGGUCGAGCUUGCUUUUUUUUUUAUCGCCUCUUCUUACAGUGCUAUCGGGUAUCAUAACUAUCACUCACAUUUGUCGGAAAUCUACGUUCUAGCCGAUGGACAUCAAGACCAAAAGCAACAUUAUGUUCCAGUGAUGUGCGUUGUUGGCAUCAUCUCAGCCCCUCCAGAAGUUCAUGGGAAAAAGCCGCUGAGGGGAAUGACCUGAGGGGAGAGGACAGCAGAGGAGCUUUUCACCAGGAGAGAAUGGAGGCGACUGUGUCCUGCGCGUGGAGUUUUUAGCGAUGGCAGCUCCAUCUGAAGUCGAAUAAAUGUAUUUUUUCCCCAGCUGUUUGAGCUUGAGCUGAGCGAGAGGGAGUUGCCGCAGCUGCUUGGGGAAUCUGGUGGAUGUCUCUGAAAGUGUUGGAGGUGAGGAGGCUGAGUUCAGCGGCUGCCGGGCUGCAGCUAUGGUCGUUGAGGUGAGGUUUCAUCCCUCCUCAUCAGUGACCUCGCCGUUUGUCUCACCAUGCUGGACGACCACAGCGUCUCCAUCCUCUACAUCGUCCUGGAGCUGCUGAUUGCUGUGUUCUCCGUGCUGGGCAAUGUGCUGGUCUGCUGGGCCGUGUGCCUCAACAGCAACCUGCAGAACAUCACCAACUUCUUUGUGGUGUCGCUGGCGGUGGCCGACAUCGCCGUGGGCGUCCUGGCCAUUCCCUUCUCCAUCGCCAUCAGCACUGGCUUCUGCUCCAACUUCUACGGCUGCCUGUUCAUCGCCUGCUUCGUGCUGGUUCUCACCCAGAGCUCCAUCUUCAGCCUGCUGGCCAUCGCUAUAGACCGCUACAUUGCAAUCAAGAUCCCGCUCAGGUACAACAGCUUGGUGACAGGCCAGCGGGCACGAGGCAUCAUCGCCAUCUGCUGGGUUUUAUCCAUCAUCAUCGGCCUGACCCCCAUGAUGGGCUGGCACAGGCUUCCCGAGAGCACUAACAGCACCUGCUCGCCCGGCCUGAUGAAGUGCCUGUUUGAGGAGGUGGUGGUCAUGGAGUAUAUGGUCUACUUCAACUUUUUUGCCUGUGUGCUCAUUCCCCUGCUGCUGAUGCUGGCCAUCUACCUGUGCAUCUUCAUGGCUGCUCGCCACCAGCUCAAGCUGAUGGAGGUGAAAGCGGUUCAUGGAGAGAAGUCACGCUCCACGCUGCAGAAAGAGGUCCAGGCUGCCAAGUCUCUGGCCAUCAUUGUCGGGCUGUUUGCAGUCUGCUGGCUGCCUUUACACAUCAUCAACUGCUUCACCCUCUUCUGUCCUCAGUGUGAUCGUCCUCUGCUCUGGAUCAUGUAUGUGGCCAUUAUUCUCUCACACGCCAACUCUGUGGUCAACCCCUUCAUCUACGCCUACCGCAUCCGGGAGUUCCGACAAACUUUCCGUAAGAUUAUCCGGCGCCACAUCCUGGGCCAGCAGGAGCGGUUCGAGAGUGGCAGCCGUAAGCGCAACUCCACUCACAACAGCAUCACUGACUCCAUCAGACUCAAGGCAAACAGCCUCAGCUUUGACGUUUUUACUGAACACAGCAGCAGCAGCUAUGAAGGCUCCUACCGCUGCCCUACUCACAUCUCUUCUGUAGGGGGUGGUCUGGUGGCAGUAUCCCACCCCCCUCUGUCAGUCAUCAUCUCCCACUGUCCUAAGAUGGGCCCUUGUCCACUGCAAGCCCUCAGACAGACUCAAAUCCCCAUAGGUCAUCAUCAGCAUGCGGCGCAGCAGCAUGACUGUGCUGGACCAGAGGACAAACAGAACCUCGGCUCCGCCCAGGUCACGUCGCUGUUCAACAAGCAGAAGAGUUGCUUUAGUGAGCUGGCAGAGGUGUCCUGACGCAUGCACAGGAAGGAUCAUUCGCUAGUGUUCUGGGGCCUUGCAGUAAAAUGUCAACGUCAGCUCAGCAGCAGCUCUCAAUGGAAAUGGGAUAACUGAGUCACUGAGGUAAUUUAAAUCUCCUUGCCACGAGAAACCGUCGCCACUAUUUAAACACAGUGACUUUUUAAUUUAAACCAGACUAAAAGUCUAAAAGCACUGCUAGUGGCCCAAAGAGGUUCUGCUGCUUCAUAACGCCCCACAUGACCAAGAGCGGUUUAAAUCGAUUGAGCGACUGACAGCAAACAAGAGGACUAAAUUCUGUCAGUACAAAUGCACUUGUGAAAUGACCAGUGAAGGUGCUUGACCCACCAGACCUCAGCUCAAUAUGGAGAGAAGGGACAGUAUGGACCUCUCACUCUCUUAAAACAUUAAAAAGCAGGGAUUGUUGGCUUUUCAGGAUGUCCCUCCUUGUUUAACUGCAGGUUGAACAGUGUGAGAGUAAAUGUUCUGGUCAUUUCUGGUCUGAAUGGACCUUUGGCUGAAGACUAAAUCUUAUUAAUUUAUUGAUGCAUUGUUCAGGGAUGUUGACAUAAAUGCACUCUCAUGGAUUUCAGCACACUCCACCAUCAUGGAUCAUGGGCAGAGGAUUAUUUCUUAUGCAGUAUUGCACCAUUGUUUGAUUCACCCCAUCCUGAGGACCUGCAAGGUGCACAGACAGCGUUACCAGCCUGCUUAGCAAAGUUCAUGCUCAUUCGCAGAAAGUUAAACAUUUUUCACUUUCCGCCUAUUCCUUUCUCUCGCAUUGUAGUCCAGCUUCAUGGCAGAGAUUUACGUGCGUUCAUUAACAGAAAUGAAUGGGUUCCGAUUUAAUUUUUCACCCAGUUGCUCCUUCUGGGUCCCAUGCUGUUUCUAAUUGGACUAAAAAACAAGAACAGUACUUUCACCAGUGACAGGUUGGUUUGUGUUUGUGUCAAUGGCAAUGUAUUUUUUCACAUUUUUAAAAGCAAAGGCCCCAAAGUUGGUAAUGCAAUGCUGAAAUCUAACCUUGUAUUUUUGUUUGCUCAAUGUGACAAUCUGACUUGACUGUGCAUAAUAAGUUAUAUUCAUGUAAAUGUUGACUUCCGAGAUAGUUUGAUGGAUGAUGGAAAAUGACUGAAGAGGAUUGUGAAUGAUUUCAUUUUAGACGUAAAUCAAACUCAUGGAAGAAGUUCUGUUUUUAAUUUUUUCCUGAUGAAUUCGUCCUCAGUACAGUGCACAAAGGCCUGUCUUUAAAUAAAUCCUUUUACAUUUUCA